CAAAAAAGAGAGCAAGGAGAUCAAAGUAAAGAGAGAAAAAGGAGAAUUGAACCACACCCAAGCCACGCAAGCCUAUCCUUGAAUUCUUACUGGUAGGGUAGGGAAUCCACUUGGUUCUUGCUUUAGGGCUUCUCCUAGGUUAUAUAUAGCGCAAUUAAUCCAUCCCAUGAAGAGGUAGCCACUUCAAGACUUGGGACAGGUGCAGGCAAGUUCAAUGGCUGGCUUGCAGAUUGUUCCGGCAGACAAGCGUGUGGAAGCGCAGUAUGUGGAGAUGAAGGUGCCACUCUAUUCCUAUGGCUGUGAGAAGAAGAUUAAGAAGGCCUUGUCACAUAUGAGAGGGAUACACUCAGUGCAUGUUGACUACCAUCUUCAAAAGGUGACAGUAUGGGGGAUAUGCAACCAAGAUGAUGUGCUUGCCACCAUCAGGAAGAAGAGAAGGGAAGCUCGCUUCUGGGACCAGAUGGAGACAGAGGUUAAAAACAAGGUUGCUGAGGAAGAGGCUGAUGCUGGAAAUGCUCCCGAUCCUGCAACUGUAAACACGCACAAGUUUAGGAAGUCAUGGAAGAAACUGUUCCCUUUAGUCUUAUAUUAGUAAUAAUUUCUGUGACACCUACAUAUAUGUACAUAUGAUCAAUAAUAUGAUGGGCAUUACAG